UUCAACGUGCGAAAAGAACGCUUGACUGCGAGCUCACAGAUGAGCGGCGGAACAUCUCACAUGUAUUCUACGUGACAGGAUAUAUCUAACCGCCCAAACAAAGUGGAAAUUUGGGUCAAGAGUGGAAUGUUUGAGACUUUCGCCUUGGCAAUGACAAUCUGCGUCGCUGAAAUCCGCCCGGAGAGGGACAGAAAGAGUGUCUGACGAUGUCAAGCUUGGCUUUAGCGUUGGUUGUGUUUUUAACCUGAUCGACCAAUGCUGUGCAUGUAUUUGGCUCCGCACUUUAUUUUAGCUUGACUUAAACUUUGACUCAUCUAAAGGCUGUGCUCUCAUCUCAUUUGGAAGCCCCCGGAGAAGAAAGAAUGGCGACUCAAAACGACUGCUCUGUUAAGGUCUCUUUAAGGAUUCGGCCUCAGAUGGCGAAGGAGAAGAUCGAGGGGUGUCACGUGUGCACGUCGGUCACGCCGGGGGAGCCCCAGGUGCUUCUGGGAAAGGACAAGGCCUUCACUUAUGACUUUGUGUUCGACACGGACGCCCAGCAGGAGGACAUCUACAGCGCCUGCGUCCACAAGCUCAUCGAGGGCUGCCUCGAGGGGUACAACGCCACAGUGUUUGCCUACGGACAGACGGGCUCGGGGAAGACGUACACGAUGGGCACGGGCUUUGACCUGAGUGUGUCUGUGGAGGAGGAGGGCAUCAUCCCGCGCGCCGUCAAGCAGCUCUUCCAGGGCAUCGAGAGGCGCAGGGACGAGGCCCAGAGCGCGGGCACACACCCGCCAGAGUUCAAAGUCAGCGCCCAGUUCCUGGAGCUCUAUAACGAGGAGGUCCUGGACCUGUUUGACAGCGCGCGUGACCCGGAGUCUCGCGGCAGGAAGUCCAAUAUCAAGAUCCACGAAGACGCCAGCGGGAGCAUCUACACCACGGGCGUCACGUCACGCCUCGUCGCGUCCGAGGAUGAGAUGCUGCAGUGUCUGAAGCUGGGCGCUCUCUCCCGCACCACGGCCAGUACCCAGAUGAAUGCCUCAAGCUCACGCUCCCAUGCCAUCUUCACCAUCCACCUGUGCCAGAUGAGGGUGUGCCAGCACAUGAUGAAUGGCUCUGCAGACAGUCAGGUCAACGGCGUCUCUGACGGGCCCAUCACCCAGCCGGAGUACGAGACGCUCACGGCUAAGUUCCACUUCGUGGACCUGGCCGGUUCCGAGCGUCUGAAGCGGACCGGUGCCACGGGGGAGCGGGCACGAGAGGGCAUCUCUAUCAACUGUGGCCUGCUGGCCCUGGGUAACGUGAUCAGCGCUUUGGGAGACCAGAGUAAGAAAGGUGGACAUGUGCCUUACAGAGACUCUAAACUCACCCGGCUGCUGCAGGACUCGCUGGGGGGCAACAGCCGCACGGUGAUGCUGGCGUGUGUGAGCCCCUCGGACCGCGACUUCAUGGAGACGCUAAACACGCUGAAGUAUGCCAACCGGGCGCGCAACAUCAAGAACAAGGUGGUGGUGAACCAGGACAAGACCAGCCAGCAGAUCAGCUCCCUCAGGGCAGAGAUCGCCAGGCUGCAGAUGGAGGUCAUGGAGUUCAAAGCGGGGAAGCGCGUGGUGGGUGAGGACGGCUCGGAGGGCUUCAGCGACCUGUUCACGGAGAACGCCAUGCUGCAGCGGGAGAACGACUCGCUGCGCAUGCGCAUCAAGGCCAUGCAGGAGACCAUCGACCACCUCAACGCACGCAUCACUCAGCUGCUCACCAACGAGGUCAACCUGCUGCUCACCAAGACAGGUGAAGGCAACGAGGAGAUCGGUGCCCUGAUCCAAAACUACAUACGUGAGAUUGAGGAGCUCAGGUCCAAGCUCCUGGAGAGUGAGGCAAUGAAUGAGUCGUUACGCCGCAGUGUCUCCCGCCUCUCCUCGCGCUCCCCUUUCCCCGCCUCCUCCCACCAGGCCCCGCCCCCCGGCCACCCGCUGGGCUCCUCCCCCUCCAUGUCCAUGGAGGCCGAGAUGACGGACGUGAUCCGCCGGGCCAAGAUGGACAUUGAGCGCCUGAAGAAGAAGGAGAGGAACCAGAAUAGGAAGAGCCCAGAGAAAGACAAGGGGCUGAAGAAGCGAGCAAAGCUUCUAGAACAGGAGAACCGGGAGAAUGGGGCGAACCGAGCGAACGGAACAAACAGGGAGAACGGGCGGAAUGUCGGAGGAGACUCGGACGAGAACAAUGGAGUAGAGGAUGGCAUGUACCCUCUGCAGGAGGAAGAGAGCGGCUGCGACGAGGAUGAGGAAGAUGACGAAGACGAAGAGGCCAGGGAGGAAGAGGAGGAGUUCGACAGUGACGAGAGCCUGGUGGACUCCGAGUCCGACUCCGAUGAGAAAGUGAGUUUCCAGGCUGACCUGGCUGACCUGACGUGUGAGAUUGAGAUCAAGCAGAAGCUGAUCGACGAGCUGGAGAACAGCCAGCGGCGGCUGCUCAUGCUCAAGCUGCAGUACGAGGAGAAGCUCAUCCUGCUGCAGAACAAGAUCCGCGACACUCAGCUGGAGCGGGACCGCGUCCUCCAGAACCUCAUGUCCGUGGAGAACUACACGGAGGAGAAAGCCAGUCGGAUCCGUUCGGACUACGAGAAGCGCCUGAAGGAGAUGAACAGGGACCUGCUGAAGCUGCAGGCGGCCCAGAAGGAGCACGCCAGGCUGGUGAAGAACCAGGGCCGCUACGAGAGAGAGCUCAAGAAGCUCCAGGUGGAGGUCGCGGACAUGAAGAAGGCCAAGGUGGCGCUGAUGAAACAGAUGAAGGAGGAGCAGCAGAGGCGACGCAUGAUCGAGGCCAAGAGGAACAGGGAGAUCGCCCAGCUCAAGAAGGAGCAGCGCAGGCAAGAGUAUCAGAUCCGUGCCCUGGAGUCCCAGAAGCGGCAGCAGGAGAUGGUUCUGCGGCGUAAGACCCAGGAGGUGACGGCCCUGCGGCGUCUGGCCAAGCCCAUGUCGGAGCGCGUGGCGGGCCGGUUGCCACGGCGACCGCACAGCGUGGACUCUGGGGCCGAGCUCUCGGCCAGCACCGCCACCUCCUCCGAACCCGAGUCCUCGCGCUCCAGCGUCUCCAGCAUCGUACGCCAGUGGAACAGCAAAGUCAACGGAUACGUGGGGGAGAGUGUGAGCGCGGGACACACAGCCAGCAGCCGGAAGAAGUUCCAGCGUAAGGGCGUGGGGACCCCCUUCUCCAAGGCGGCGCGGCAGAAGUGGCAGGCGCUGGAGAGGAGGGUCACGGACAUCGUCAUGCAGAGGAUGACCAUCAGCAACGUGGAGGCAGACAUGGACCGCCUCAUCAAAAAACGCGAGGAGCUGGCCGUCCAGCAGGAGGCGCUGUUGCGUAAGCGUGAGCGGCUGCUGAUUGAGAGGCCGUGGGUGGAGGAGGAGGAGAGGGCGGUGCAGGAGAUGAACGAGGAGAUCGAGGUCCUCAACGCCAACAUCGACUACAUCAACGACAGCCUCUCUGACUGCCAGGCCACCAUUGUACAGAUCGAGGAGACCAAGGAUGAGCUGGACUCGGUGGACACGUCGGUGGUCAUCAGCUCGUGCUCGCUGGCCGAGGCGCGACACCUCCUGGACCACUUCCUCAAGGCCUCCAUAGACAAGGGCCUGCAGGUGGCUCAGAAGGAGGCUCAGGUCCGACUGCUGGAGGGUCAGCUGAGACAGACGGACGUGAUUGGCUCCUCACACUGUCACAUGAUCCUGGAGGCUCUGAAAGACAAGGGUGAAUACAUCCCCGAACUGCACGUGCUCAAACACAACGCACAGCUGGAGAAUGGCUAUGCCAGCACUGAUGAAGAGGCGUCUGAGUUCAGCCAGGCAUCAGAGGGCAGUGUUUACAUCAUGAAAAGCUCAGCCAGUCAGGAUGACUUCAAACUCAAGGUGGAGUCCAGUCUGUGUGUGCAGAUCAAGGCGGUGUCUGCCGAGUACCUUGGGCCCCUCCUGGACCCCACCACCAAGAACAUCACCAAGUCCCUGGCCUCCCUCACCGACAUCCAGGAGAACGGCCUGGCCUUCUCCACCCGCGAGGCCCUGUCCAAGGACCGCGUGUCCCGCACCAUCAGCCUGCCCGUCCGGGGCCACACCUUUCCCAGGCAAUCCAGAGGUUCAGAUGCAUCCCCAUUGACUCGUAGGCAGUCUUAUGACCGUGGAUCACUGUAUAGGCCUCCUGACGUGGGCUACACCCCUCCCUCCUCCCCCCCUCUCCGUACACGCAACGACCGCAACGUCUUCUCAAGGCUGACCAGCAACCAGAGCCAGGGUUCAGCACUGGACAAGUCGGAUGACAGCGACUCCUCUCUCUCGGAGGUGCUCAGGGGUGUGAUCAGUCCCACGGGGGGGCUGAAGGGGGGGCGCACUGCGCCCCUGCAGUGUGUGGCCAUGGCUGAGGGCCACUCCAAACCUGUGCUCUGUCUGGACGCUACUGAUGAACUGCUCUUCACUGGCUCCAAGGACCGCACGUGUAAGAUGUGGAACCUGGUGACGGGCCAGGAGAUCGUGACCCUGCGGGGUCACCCCAAUAAUGUGGUGUCGGUGAAGUACUGCCGCAGUUCCUCGCUGGUCUUCACCGUGUCGACCUCCUACAUCAAGGUCUGGGACAUCAGGGACUCGGCCAAGUGUGUGCGCACGCUCACGUCCUCUGGCCAGGUGGUGUCUGGCGAUGCGUGUGCCGGCACCACCACCCGCACCAUCACCACCACCACCCAGGGCGAAUACCAGAUCAACCAGAUCGCCCUCAACCCCGCAGGCUCCGUGCUCUACGCCGCCGCCGGCAACACCGUCAGGACCUGGGACAUCAACAGGUUCCAGGCCACAGGGAAGCUGACUGGUCACAUUGGCUCAGUGAUGUGCCUGACUGUGGGAGACUCCGCGGGGGGCAAAGACCAGGUCAUCACCGGCUCCAAGGACCAUUAUGUCAAGGUGUUUGACGUCGCUGAGGGCACCCAGGGUAACAUCGGCCCCGCCCACAACUUUGAGCCGCCGCACUAUGACGGCAUAGAAUGUUUGGCCAUCUAUGGUGACGUGCUCUUCAGUGGUUCCCGUGACAACGGCAUCAAGAAGUGGGACCUGGAACAGCAGGAACUGAUCCAGCAAAUCCCCAACGCCCAUAAGGACUGGGUGUGUGCCCUGGCGUACGUGCCCGGCAGGCCUAUGCUCCUCAGCGCCUGCAGGGGGGGGAUGCUGAAGGUGUGGAACGUGGACAACUUCACCCCCAUCGGCGAGAUCAAGGGUCACGACAGCCCCAUCAAUGCCAUCUGCACCAACUCCAAACAGAUCUUCACCGCGUCCAGUGACAUGACUGUGAAGAUCUGGUCGGCGAAGAGGUGACGGACCACAGCCUUUAAUGAUCAUCGUGACGACCGCUAAUUUGAUGGUUCUUACUGAAGGGUGGUGACAUCACGUCCCCAUCCCUGUCCCUUAUUCCAAGAUGGGCAGUGAGAACGGCAGGGGGGGGGGGGGGGCAGGUGUCCAGAGGUGGGGGGGGGUGGGGGGGGGUGCUCAGGUGUCCAGAGGUGAUGGGGGUGGCAGAACCGGCAGGACCAGCAGUCGGCUUUCGCAGAGCUGGAUGAUGAGACUGUUGCACCGACGUGCUCACACACAAGGCAGAAGACACAGCUCUGAAGAUUCUUCUUUCAUGAUGAAGCAACAUGCACACACACACACACACACACACACACACACACACACACACACACACACACUGCUCCAGAGGCCGACGCUCUCUCUGUGAGGACUUAAGUGCCAUUCCGGUGUGUGUGUGUGUGUGUGUGUGUGUAACUUCAGGAGGAAACUUCAGACGGUUUCCUCUGCUCCUCACACAUAAGGAGAAAUCAACCA